GGACCAGCAAGAACAGCUUUGAACCGGUUUGUCGCCGGUUGCAAAGCAGGAUGCACAAUGAACACUGUUGAUGCAGUGCUUUUUCUGCUGAUGGAAACCUUGAAGUCCAGCUCAGAAAACCGAAAACUGUGUGCGAUGCAUUCACUUUUAUUUGAUUUGUAGGGAUAAGAAGUGAUUUUAAUAGGGAAACCAUCCUAACAUGGAAAGUUCCCGCAGAGCGCGCAGCUAGGCAGGCGCCCUGCAGCUGUGUUUUUUAAUGCUGAGGAACACCUCCUCGUUCGAAGCCGUAACAGACCCCAGAGGGCAGCAAUAACAUCAGCAUUAUGGCUUCAAAAGUGCUCGAUGGAGGCUGGGGAUGGGUGAUUGUUGUGGCUUCCUUCAUGGCCCAGUUCCUGGCUUAUGGAUCACCCCAGUCCGUGGGGGUACUCUACCCUGAGUGGCUGCAUGCCUACCAGCAAGGCAAGGGCUUGACGGCCUGGGUGGGCUCCCUUGUGGCUGGAGUGGGACUAAUAGCCAGUCCUAUCUGCAGUGCCUGCGUAGAGAACUUUGGAGCUCGCCCUGUGACCGUCUUCAGCGGUGUAAUGGUGGCUGGCGGCCUGAUGCUCAGUGCCUUUGCUCCAAAUGUCGAGUUCCUUAUCUUUUCCUAUGGAAUUGUGGUUGGCCUGGGUUGUGGUCUAGUCUUUGCAGCCACCUUGACAAUCACCUGUCAGUAUUUUGAUAAAAGACGCGGCCUCGCCCUUGGCAUUGUGACCACAGGCACAAGUGUUGGAGCAUUCACCUACGCCACUGCUCAGAAUGAGCUCAUCGUGUUGUAUGGUUUGGAUGGUUGCCUCCUUAUCAUUGGAGCUUUAGCACUAAACCUCAUGGCCUGUGCUGGCUUCAUGAGGCCCCUCAACAUGCCCGGGUACUACCUCAAACAGAAGGCCGCCCUCGAGCGCACCACAGAAGACCAGGUUUUUGAAAAGCCCCCACUGGGUGACCUGACGAUAACAGGAGGUUCUACCACAGCUGCUCCAGAGAAAAUCCUGACAGUGAAGGAAUUGCUCGUUACCAUUGAUGCCAAGGACUUGACCACUCAGACUAUGAAGAAGAAAGGCAGCUUCUUUUCUGGGUUAGACAUUAUAAAAGUUGCCAAGGAAAAGCAGCAGGCUUACUCCAGGUAUAUUAACUCCAUUUCUGAGAUUCUGCAGGACCAAGCUAUGGUGGCCUUCUGCAUUGGUGUUUUCAUGUUUAGUCUAGGUGCAUUCCCACCUGUGCUUUUUAUCGAGGAUGUGGCACAGAGUCAAGGACUCAUUGAAGAAGUUAGUCUCAUUCCUUUGGUAUCAAUAGGGGCCAUUGCAACUUGUGUAAGUAAACUAGGACUAGGUAUCCUGGUGGACAUCAGGUGGAUUAACAGCAUCUAUCUCUAUGCCUUCACUAUGUUUGCGGGAGGUGUGGCACUGCUCAUUAUUCCUAUCACUAACAGUUAUGUAGGACUGCAGAUCCUAUCUGCUACUGUUGGUUUUGCCAAUGGAAACUGGUCUCUCACCUCCUACAUUACCACGAAGAUUGUUGGCUUGGAAAAGCUGACACAAGCUCACGGCAUCGUCAUGUUUUUCGGGGGAUUUGGCAUCAUGCUUGGGCCCCCUGUUGUAGGGUGGUUCUUUGACUGGACACAGUCGUAUGACUUGGCGUUCUACUUUAGUGGGAUCUUUGUGUUGCUGGGAGCAUUGCUUCUCACUUUGCUCACCAUUCCCUGCUGGAACAAGAAGCACCCCGAGAACGACAGACCAGAGGUCCAUUAUACCAGCAACUGUGACAAAGUUGCUUCAGUAGCCUGAGUUUGAACACAUUUCAUAACAAUUCAAAUACUUUCCUGCAACUAUCCCUGAACUCUUGGAGGAUUGUUUUUUUUUUUUUUUUAACUAUACAGGGGUAACCCUCUUAUUUCUGGUGCCAGAUUUUAAUAUACCAAAAUUGUAAAAUACAGGCCAUUUCUCUUUGCUUUGCCCAGUGUCUCAGGUUAAACCAUACACCACAGAUCUUUUUUUGAAGAUUGGAGUCUGACGCCUGUGUUGAUGUCAUUAUUACCUCAUUUUACGAGGUAAACUGAACAAUGUUGGCCAAAUCCAAAACACAGCUUUUCACUUUAUUGUCAGUCUGAAAAAAGACACAAUGCCAUUGACACCGCUGGAAAAACAAAUCUUUGUAAAAUAGUUGUGUUUAUUCAGCAUGAUGACAAACACUGCACAAAUAAUCAGAGUGCAAAAAGAGAAUACUCGGAUCAAAAUGAAGGAGGGAGUCUUUCAGAAUUAUAGAAUUUUUUUUAUUAAUAUAUACCUUAUCUAUAACACUGUUGUAUCUUACCAAAGCAUCCACAGUCAAUGCCUGUCAAUGCAUAAUGCCUGUUGGAACAAUGCUAAAGCCUUGGUUUUACAUCAUUUUUAAAGUGCAUUGGCUUAAUUUAUAUACGUACCUCCUGUUUCUGAAUCAGGCAGAAGUAGGCAAAGUUGUUCUGAUUCAAAAACAUGUAAGAACGCUAAGGAGAUCCCAUUGCUUCUCCAGCCAUAGCAACAUGUUGAUUCUCUUCCUGGUGUGAUCAUUAUGAAUUCUGCUGGCAUAUAGUGUGACCAGGCUGGUCCUUUUCAUUUUCAUGUUUUGCCUGGGUAAGUUUGUGUGUACAUUCUGUCUGCAUGUUUGCACAUGUGCACAGGUUUUGUGUGUGUAUGUUAUUUGAUAGCCUUUUUGUAUUACAGCAAGUUUGUCUUUUGUGCAUGUGCCAAAUAUAUGCACAAAGUGGCCACAGAGCUGUAAAAAAUGUUUUUUAUUGCCAUCAUAAUUGUAAUGAAUACACUUUUAGGAUCACUUGAAUGUUUCUGAAUAGACCACUACAGAUGUCUUUGAUAGUUCCAGUUUCAGGUGUAACUGUAAUUCUGGGAUUAGUGUUUGCUUUAUUUGCUUUUUAUAUUUGUUGUAGAUACUCACAGAAUGUGGGUUAGAUGAGACUGUAAGAUUUAGCCACUACUACUUUUUUUUUAUUCCAGUAUUAUUUACGUUGUUUGUUUAUGUCUGAAUUUCUGUUAUUUAAUUUAAAA